AUGGAGUCUGAGAUGCUGCAGUCGCCUCUUCUGGGGCUUGGGGAGGAGGAUGAGUCUGACCUGACUGACUGGAACUUGCCUCUGGCUUUUAUGAAGAAAAGGCAUUGUGAGAAGAUCGAAGGCUCCAAGUCUUUGGCUCAGAGCUGGAGGAUGAAGGACCGGAUGAAGACUGUUAGUGUUGCCUUAGUUUUGUGCCUAAAUGUUGGUGUGGACCCUCCUGAUGUGGUGAAAACAACUCCCUGUGCCCGUCUGGAGUGUUGGAUUGAUCCUCUGUCCAUGGGCCCUCAAAAAGCUCUGGAAACCAUUGGUGCAAAUUUGCAGAAGCAGUAUGAAAACUGGCAGCCCAGAGCCAGGUACAAGCAGAGUCUUGAUCCUACAGUGGAUGAAGUUAAGAAACUGUGUACAUCUCUGCGUCGAAACGCCAAGGAAGAGCGGGUACUUUUCCACUACAAUGGACACGGCGUCCCCAGGCCAACAGUAAAUGGGGAGAUCUGGGUCUUCAACAAGAACUAUACUCAGUAUAUUCCUCUAUCCAUAUACGACCUGCAAACUUGGAUGGGCAGCCCUUCCAUUUUCGUCUACGAUUGCUCUAAUGCUGGCCUUAUUGUCAAGUCAUUCAAACAAUUUGCACUACAGAGGGAGCAGGAGUUGGAGGUGGCUGCGAUUAACCCAAACCAUCCGCUUGCUCAAAUGCCUUUGCCGCCAUCCAUGAAGAACUGCAUUCAGCUGGCGGCUUGCGAGGCCAGUGAGCUGCUGCCCAUGAUCCCUGAUCUGCCAGCUGACCUCUUCACGUCAUGCCUUACUACGCCCAUCAAAAUUGCUCUGAGAUGGUUCUGUAUGCAGAAGAGCAACGUCAGACUGGUGCCAGGAGUCACACUGGAUUUAAUAGAGAAGAUUCCUGGAAGACUGAAUGACAGGAGAACUCCCCUGGGAGAGCUGAACUGGAUCUUCACCGCUAUCACAGACACCAUUGCAUGGAAUGUCUUGCCUAGAGAUCUUUUCCAGAAGCUCUUCAGGCAAGACCUGCUCGUGGCCAGUUUGUUCCGUAACUUUCUCUUGGCAGAAAGAAUUAUGAGAUCUUACAACUGCACCCCUGUCAGCAGCCCUCGUCUACCUCCGACGUACAUGCACGCGAUGUGGCAAGCAUGGGACCUUGCAGUUGAUAUUUGCCUUUCCCAAUUACCUACAAUUAUAGAGGAAGGAACUGCCUUUAGGCACAGUCCCUUCUUUGCGGAGCAGCUGACGGCUUUCCAGGUGUGGCUGACCAUGGGUGUGGAGAACCGCAACCCCCCGGAGCAGCUCCCCAUCGUCCUGCAGGUGCUGCUGAGCCAGGUACAUCGGCUGCGAGCUCUUGACUUGCUGGGAAGAUUUUUGGACCUGGGUCCCUGGGCAGUUAGCUUGGCCCUGUCCGUUGGCAUUUUCCCGUAUGUGCUGAAGCUACUUCAAAGUUCAGCUCGCGAGCUGAGGCCGCUCCUUGUCUUCAUCUGGGCCAAAAUUCUGGCAGUGGACAGU